AUGACGCCUGCUCUUUGUCCGCGGGUAGCAGCCUUCUCUACAAGCAAUCUAUUACGGCAUAAGCAUAUCGACCCGCCAAAGCCAGGCGAAGGCAUCAAAGUCACCUUCAUCACACAGACUGGCUCAAAAGAAACAGUCGAAGCGCCAAAAGGCGCAAGUAUCCUCGACGUGGCGCAUGAAAAUGACAUUGACCUCGAAGGCGCCUGUGAGGGAUCUGUUGCUUGUUCUACCUGUCAUGUGAUUGUCGACCCGGCGUACUAUGAGAAGCUGGAGGAGCCGACGGAUGAAGAGAACGAUAUGCUUGAUCUGGCAUUCGGCCUCGAAGAAACGAGCAGACUUGGGUGUCAGGUCGUGCUGGACAAGGCACUCGAUGGUAUCACCGUCAAGCUACCGUCAGCGACUCGCAACAUGCAGUUCAAGAAGUAG